AUGGCAAUAAUAGUUCUAUGCAAACAAAUAAGUCUUGUCCAUGGCGAUAUAGGCACUGCGACAUCGCAUGAUCCUCCAUACACGCCUACCAAGUGCCACGGCAAUAGACAGGACCAAUUCCCACCAGGAAAUCUGUUUGUUGCAGUGAAUGAAGGAUUGUGGGAUAAUGGGGCCUCAUGUGGCAGGCGUUACAGAUUAAGAUGCUUGAGCGGAAAUAAUAGGCCGUGCAAGGAGGGGUUUAAUAUGCAUCAGCACGUGCAGAGUUCAGCUAUUUAUUGUGAACAUCAGCUACAUAAUAGGAAAAUUUCUAACCUAUACAAUAAAGAUGUCGAGUACUCUAAUUGUAUUGCUCUCCAAUAA